AUGUCUGCACUCUCCGUGAGCGCUGGCGACAGGGACCGCACUGAAGGGAUCUGCCAAAUGAUUUCCAUGCUCCUUGGUCAUGGAUGUUUGAUUCCUUACAACUUCAACCUAGACGCACUCACCGCCUAUUCAAAUCCAAAUCAUGUCUUCACUCCAAUGGACGUGGCCAUGAUGUCUCACUGUCCGCCUCAUUUCCUCGAAGAGGUGCUCGAACUAUACAAAAGCCACGACGUCCACGUCCAAAGAACAGCGGACACAUGCCCCGAAACGAUGUCGCGCUGGGUAGGCUGGUAUUUGGACGAUGAAGUCGUUGUGCCGAUUUUGUAUCAACACUGGAGCCACAAGUCCCACUUGGGUCAUCUGGCUCACAACCUUUUUGGUGGCCUGCUGGACCCGGCAAAGGCCUGGAAGGAGGGAUACCAUGGCGAAACAGCCGAUGUCUUUGAAGAAAAGAUCAAUCUCAUGAAGAAGUACGAUUUCAUCGACAGCAGCGAGACACAAGCGUUGCAAUGCAUCCUCGAAUCUCUGCGAUGCAUCGCCCGCAUGAAAGAGUCGGCUGGAGGCUUGGACAAGGUCCGUGACGGAAAGAAAUGCUGGGAGAUGAUCUUUGACUCUCUGCGCCCCGUUGCGCCUGCACUCUUGAGACAAGAUCAUCUGGAACCGCAACGAAUUCACCGUUUCGAUUUUGACAAUUGGCGGGACCCAUGGGGCAUGUACUAUUACAUGCAGCUACAGGACAAGGAUAUCCUGGAUGAGCAGUCUCACGCGCCGUGGAUCAGGAAAGGGGAUUUGAUCAAGCGGACAGAUGGAACAGUGAUAGACCGCAAAUUCGGACCCAUUUUGAAUUCGAUUAUCGAUCCUUUUUCAUCAACGGAGCUCCAUUGGGUUAAGUAUGACUACGAUGGGCUUAUGGAGAUGGUUGCAAAGGAGUUCAACAGGUAUGAGAAAGAACGUCAAGAGUGGAAAGCACAGAAACUUGUGCGACAAGAGAAGCGUCAAGAACGGGCACUUGGGCAACUUCGAACGUUGCUUGUUGCACCGGGCGAGGAGGAAGAAAAGGACGGGGAGGAUGAGGAUGAGAAGGUGGUGGAGGAGGGCGAAGACGACGACGACCAACUUGAUGAGGAUUUCGUCUUUGAAGACUUUAGCUUCUACUAG